UGUAGGUGCUGUUUCCUGCAGUCAGGAUGGGAUCUCUGCAGCAGAGGAGGAGCUGAGAGUCAGACCAGGAGACAACAUCACUCUCUACUGUGACUGUAACAUAACUACUGGAGUUCACAUUAUGUGGUAUAGGAACUGUUCUCACAGGUACCAGCCUCCUCUAGUUAUUUCAAUUUAUGACUUUUACCAAGAUCUACAGGACAUUCCCAACCCUUUCCCUGGAUAUAAUUUGGUGUGGAACCCCUCUAACAACUCCUAUGAUCUACUGAUUGAGAACAUCACUGAAUCUGACCUGGGACUCUACUACUGUGGGACUGUGGAGAAGAAGGUAGUGGAAGAUGGAGGUAAAGGAGGAAUUGAACAGAAAGAGUUGAACCACUAUGGAAACAUCACCACUAGGAUUUCACUUGACGUCAGUCCUCCUGAGUCCUCCUCCUCCUCCCCUCCUCCUGUAGACUGUGGUCUGUGUUGGAUGUUGCUGUUCAGUCUGUGUCCUGUGUCUGCUCUCCUCUCCUCUCUCCUCUCCUCUGCCUGUGUCUACUCCUUCUGCAGAACAACAGCUCCAACUGAGACUCAGGUUCCUCUGAACAGGACGACCACCAGGGGAAGUGACAGCAGAGAGCAGACUACAGUCAGAGAGGAAGGAGACUUGUGUUAUGCCUCGUUGGAUAUCCGUCAGGGACAGAGGAGACCAAAGAAGAAGAAGACAACCAAGAACUCUGACUUCAGUACAUACUCAGACAUCAAUACCAGCAGAGUGUGAGACAUAAACCAUCCAUCAAUACCAGCAGCGAGUGAGACCUAUAC